AUGGAUCUCGACCUGUUUUGCAGGGCUGAAAUUUCAAGACGUGAGGAUGUGAAGAGACGAUCUUUGUUUCUAAAAGUCCUUUUCAACUCCAAAGAGGUGUCGAGGACCAUUUCCCGGCAAAUAAGCUUGGACUUCAGGAUUCACUUUGGACAGAUUUUCAACUUGCAAAUAUUCAACUGGCCAGAGAGUUUGAAAUUGCAGAUAUAUGAAAUGGUUGGUCAUGGCGGCGUGAACUUGUUGGCCGAAGUGUUUGUACCAAUCCCUGAGACAACAGUUCUGACUGGGGGAGCGCCUGUAGAAGAAAUAGAGUUCAGCAGUGACCAGCGCAUGACGUUGGACCACGAAGGCGUGGGGAGUGGUGUACCAUUCUCAUUUGAAGCUGAUGGUAGCAACAAAGUGACUCUAAUGACAUCUGGUAAAGUAUCUUGCAGUGUUUCCUGGGCAGUUGGAGAAAAUGGAGUGCCCUUAAUUCCUCCAGUAUCACAGAGAAAUGCUGGGUUCUCCAGUGCUGUGAAAAAUAUCGAUGCCAUUGCAUCCAUUGGCACGUCAGGACUAACAGACAUGAGGAAACUGGCCAAGUGGGCCGCAGAGACCAAGCUGGACCCAAACAACCCGAGCAAUGCAGCCCUGAUGCACCUGAUAAUGGUUACCACCAGUGGAGAUGCUUCUGUUCCUGAUUUCUUCAGGCUGGAACAAUUACAGCAGGAAUUUAAUUUUGCUUCUGACGAUGAAUUUAACCGGUCCAAGAGAUUUCGACUUCUUCAGCUCAGAAAUGGAGAGGUGGCUGAGUUUCGAAAUUAUAAACAUGUCCCAUUACUGGAAAGAGAAAUUAGUGAAAGAAUCUUUCAGGACUUUGAGAAAAGGCUACAGGAGAGGGAUGUCAUUGACACCAAGGACCACCUGGACGCACACAGAGCCGUAGUUGCCAAGUACCUCCAGAAGGUGAGGGAGUCUGUAAUAAACCGGUUCCUGAUCGCAAGGCACCAUUUUCUUCUUUCUGAUAUGGUCAGUGAAGAAGAAAUCCUGAGUCUUGGCAUUUUGGGACUCAGUCUUUUUAAACUGGCGGCGCCUAAGCGGCCCCUGAAGCCCAGACGAAAAGAGAGGAAAAAAAUCACGGCUCAGAACCUCUCCGAUGGGGACAUCAGCCUCUUGGUGAACAUCAUUAGAGCUUAUGACAUUCCCAUAAGAAAGCCCGAAGGCAGCAAACUUCAGCAGCCGUCUAGAUCAUCCCGAACCUUCAAUGAGAUGUUUGCCGCCUCUACAAACCUGCAGAGCCCAACCCACCCAGCACACUGGGCAUUUAAUCAGGUUUUAGUACGACCUUUUAUAGAAGUUUCUUUUCAGCGAAUGAUUUGCCGGACGACAACUGCUGAAGGGCCAAACCCCAACUGGAAUGAAGAGCUUGAACUUCCAUUUCGAGCCCCCAGUGGUGACUACAGCACUUCCGGCCUGCAAUCAGUGAAGGAUGACGUGUUCGUUAACAUUUUUGAUGAAGUGCUAUAUGACGUCUUAGAGGAUGAUCGCGAAAGAGAAAGUGGAGGAGUCCACACUCGUGUUGAGAAGCACUGGCUUGGAUCGGUGCGGAUCCCGUUUACAACAAUAUAUUUUCAAGGAAGAAUCGAUGGUACGUUUAAGAUCGAUACCCCCCCAGUUCUUCUUGGGUAUAUCAAGGGGAAAAAUCAAGGAAAUGAGAGAGGCUAUGAUUCCGUUCGAAAUCUGACUGAAGGCUCCUAUCUAUCACUGUUCAUUACUAUUGAACCACAGCUCAUCCCCGGAGAAUCGGUUCGGGAAAAGUUUGACAGCCAAGAAGAUGAGAAGCUACUCCAAGCAGCUGAAAAGUAUCAGGCGGAAUGUCUGCUGAAGUUUCCGAACCGCCAGUGCCUGACGACCGUCAUUGACAUUAAUGGGAAAACCGUGUUCGUUACUAGAUACAUCAGACCCCUGAACCCUCCAGAGGAGCUCCUUCGGGGUCAUGCUGACAAUCCCCAGGCGACUUCCGCGGUGGUGGCCCGCUAUGUGGCCUUGGUUCCUUUUUUGCCCGAUAGUGUGUCCUUUGCUGGAAUUUGUGACUUGUGGAGUACAUCAGAUCAGUUCCUUGAUCUUUUGGCUGGAGAUGAAGAAGAACACGCUGUGCUCUUGUGCAACUAUUUUCUUGCUCUUGGCAAAAAGUCCUGGCUUCUAAUUGGAAAUGCAAUUCCUGAGGGAGCAACAGCAUAUGUGCUAACUUGGGAACAAAACCAGUAUGUGAUUUGGAAUCCCAGGAAUGGCCAUUUUUAUGGACAGUAUGACACUUUCUGUCCAUUGCAAAACGUAGGCUGUUUGAUUUCUGGUGACAACAUUUGGUUCAAUAUUCAACAGUACGAUUCCCCACUGAGGAUAAAUUUUGAUGUCAGCAAACCCAAAUUUUGGAAACCUUUUUUUUCCAGAAGUUUACCAUUUCCCGGCCUCUCCAGUGUGCAGCCUGAAGCGCUGUUCUACCAGUGUGCAGACAAGGCGGCUGCGCUAGAACUACAGGGCAGACUUGAGAAGAUUUUGAAAGAGAAGAUAAUGGAAUGGAGACCCAGGAACUUGACACGGUGGAACAGAUACUGCACCUCUGCUCUUCGGCACUUCCUGCCUCUGCUGGAAGAGAAUCAGGGCAAAGAUGUAGAAGAGGACCAUCAGGCAGAACUACAAAAACAACUGGGAGACUACCGGGUCUCAGGAUUUCCUAUUCACACGCCCUUUUCAGAAGUCAGUCCUUUAAUUGAAGCAGUCUAUACGACGGGAGUCCAUAACAUCGAUGUUCCAAACACGGAGUUUGCAUUAGCAGUAUAUGUUCAUGCUUAUCCUAAAAACAUUCUAUCAGUGUGGGUGUAUGUUGCCUCAUUAGUUCGUAACAGAUAAAAAGCUGAAUUAUUAAAUAAACCCUCAUGUUUUGGGCUCUUCUCAUCAAUGAACUGUACUAGUAAUUUUACCGUCUUUGCAUUGUAAGGUAACAUUCUUUGUACCCUUUAUAUAUAUAUAUCCCUAGACUCUAAUUUUGUAUUUUUAUACAUUAAAGACAAAAG